AAAGGGGGCAUGGGCCGGCUGUGCCCUUUUUAUACCAAGGCGAAAAGACUGUCAAACGGCUUCCCCUUCCGGUACGUUGUACGCACUCGUGUAUGUUAAUGAAGCUAAGGGGCGUUAUGAUAAUAAUAGGGCCACAAUGUUUGCAUAUCGAAUCAAUAAUUAAAACUCGAGCCAAUUGGAAACGAAAACUGAGCACUAAAAAAACAAUUAAAUUCGCCUGAUAGGUUAUGAAACUCAAAACUUAUACGAUAUAUACGUGCCUGGUUCGUUACUGCACAGUAGAAAUGAUAAAAUAUUGGAAAUCAUAGCUCGGGAAGACUGGAAUAUAUUUUACUUUCGCUGGAACUAUGUCUAGGAUGUUUUUACUGAGGACAGUAGUCGUUGCUACAGCAUUAGUUGCCUGCAAGGCGGAAAUGCCAUGUAACUUCCAAUGGGGCAUGUGUGGCUACAGGCAAGACACCGGUGUUGAUUUCGACUGGCUACGUCAGAAUGGUUCGAGUAGCGCUGAAGGAACAGGGACGGGACCAGCCGUAGACCAUUCAUCUGGUACAACACAAGGCUACUAUCUCUUCGCCCAGGCUAACUCUCAGUCUUCGGGGGACAGGGGCAGGGCCCGUAUCAUCUCCCCUCCUCGCGAUGCUACCCAAACGCAGUGUAUCCAGUUUUACUACUAUAUGUAUGGGGACGACACCGGCUCACUCAAGGUAUAUGUACGUAGAAAUGAUUCAACUGUCCUCGGUGAUGCAGCUUACACUAGAACGGGGCAGCAAGGAAAAGGCUGGUAUCGUGGUCUGGUUGAUCUAGGCUCCGAUAAUGGCAACUUUUUAGAAUUGAUAUUUGAAGCAAGAAUAGGAGAGGGUCAACUCGCCGACAUAGCGAUAGAUGAUGUAGCAGUGUUCGACGAAGAUGGUGCCUGUCCACUCGACGAUCUACUGUGUGACUUUGAGACAGGUCUUGGUGGCUUUGUCCAGGACCAAAUGGAUGAUUUUAACUUUAUCCGCAAGAGAGGCAGCACAUCUUCAUUUGAAACAGGCCCUGAAGCGGAUCAUACCACGGGAGAGGGCUAUUACGUCUAUAUCGAAGCCACAGAUGCAACAAAGUUCCACAAAGCCCGCCUUAUAUCCCCGGUAUAUCGAGGUGUCCAACCCAACGACAAGGAGACAUUCUGCGUGAUGUUUUGGUACCAUAUGUACGGGACUACAGUGGGGGAACUCAACGUGUACCUACACAACUCCAGCUCCACCGGUCUCGGCAGCCCAAUCUGGUGGAUGGCGGGUAACAGAGGAGACUUGUGGAGGGCGGGAGAAGCUGAGAUCAAUACCCCGGAAGAUUUCCAGAUUUACUUUGAGGCUGUACGAGGAUCCAACUACGCCAGUGAUAUCGCAUUGGAUGAUAUUCAUAUCAUGAGCUACGGGUGCUCAGGACAUCACAUAAUCAAGAAAGAAUCGAGUGUGUCAUGUGACUUCGAGGAGGCGGAGCUAUGUUACUAUAGACAGGACAACUCAGAUGACUUUGAUUGGAGCUGGAGGAACCGGGGAACCAACGAUGGGUUUACAGGACCCGAUGUGGACCAUACACGAGGAGAUGAAUUAGGAUUCUUUGUCUUUGUGACUAGCAAUUACCGUCUCAAACCGACACACAAGGCCCGUCUCAUCUCUCCACCGAUGAAAGCCCAUACGAGGACGUCUUGCGUGGUUCUGUGGUACCACAUGUACGGUCGCGACGUGGAGACCCUCAAUGUCUACGUAAGGUCCAUCGAUGGGACCCUGGGGAACCCAAAGUGGACCACAUCCGGCGAUCAAGGCAACUACUGGCAUCGCCAUACUUUGGAUAUCGCAGCCAACACUGCUGAAUCCGAGCUCGUAUUUGAAGCGUCGCCGGGAGAGGAAAACAGAGACGAUAUAGCUAUUGACGAUAUUCUCCUCUACGAUGGAAUCGACUGUCCCUCUGUCACGACGCAACCGCCAAAGACGACCAAACCACCUGUUCUUGCGGACAGCAUCGAUUGCGACUUCGAGGAGGAUGGGUGGUGUGAUUAUGUGCAGAUGACAGAGGGGGACCAAAUGGACUGGUUCAGGUACCAAGGAACAGGACCUGGUUCGAACAACAACUAUGGACCAAAGAAAGACCACACCCUAGGAACCACACUCGGAUACUAUGCUAGUUUUGACCCCAAUUCUUACAAUGGAGCUAGUCUCGACGAUGAUGCUGCCUUGAUAUCUCCGCUGAUAGGCGGGUCACGUAGAGACCGCUGUCUUCAGUUCUACGCCAAUAUGAACGGCUACGCUGUGGACUACCUCCAGGUCUAUACCCGCCAGUAUGGGGAGACCCUCCCCCUUGAUCCUCCGUUCUACGUGUAUGGAAACCACGGUGAAGAAUGGUUCCUGCUACAGAUGGAUAUUCCAGGGCUAAAUCAAAACUUCCAGGUUAUAUUUGUAGGAAUCUGUGGCAGAUCAAAAUAUUCAUCUGAAAUUGCCGUGGAUGACAUCAAACUAGCGCAAGGAGCUUGUGAUUUGUCAGCCGCCACUCCCAAACCCGUCGGGUGGAAUGCAGACUGCGAUUUUGAACUCGAUGAGAGUCUGUGUGGCUACACCAAUGAGGUCAGUACCUAUAAAAGAUUCGCCUGGACCAGAAACAGCGGUGGAACUGGCUCGGAAGGGACAGGACCAUUGUUUGACCAUACUCUAGGAACAAAGAAAGGUCACUAUGUAUACAUCGAAGCAUCCUUGCCUCAGCGCCCUGAUGAUAAAGCGGUCCUCACUAGUCCAACGCUCAACAGCCGCGGCGACGACCUCUGCGUUCACUUCUACUACCACGCUCAUGGUGAAGACGUCGGACUCCUGGCAAUGACGGUCACCACGCUGGACUUGAACCUGAAGACGGUGCUGUUCAGCUUGAACGGAGACCAGGGGGAUGAGUGGAGGCCAGCCAAUGUCGACCUGCCAGGCAGCCUCGUUGGCAUGAGCAACUUUGUGAUCGGAAUUGAUGGACGGAAAGGUCCGGGUUUCAAGGGGGAUGUCGCAAUUGAUGAUAUCAAGUUUUUGGCACAGCCAUGCGAAGGUUACCCGACAGAAUCUACAUGUACGUUCGAGCAAGGAACUUCCUUCUGCGGCUAUCAGAUCAGCCAGAUAUCGGGUGGGGUACCCUGGAAGUGGUUUGAUACCCUAGCUACCGAAGACUCGCCCCUCAAUAGUGUCGCGACUUCUUUCAUGUACGUCGAGGGUUCCGCUUCGAACAUGAACAAGAAGGCCACCCUGUACUCCCAGGUUCACGAUCUCCUGGGCGUGGACCACUGCUUGACCGCUGACCUCAUACUCACCGAUGACAGCGGUCAACAGAUCCUGAUUGAAGCCAUGGAGAAAGGCAACGGCAAAAAACACGCAGUGGGAACGCUCUCGGGAGAUUUGGGCAGUAGUUGGUUCCGUGGAAACUGGUCCCUCCCUGUGACGUUAACCACCAAGCCUUUUCAGUUUGUUUUUACGGCUACCGCGGGGAUAGGCGGAAUACUGGCUAUCGACAAUGUCAUCGUCACGACACAACUGGAAUCCUGCGCAAAAUACAUACCACCCCCGACCAACCCUCCAACCACCAGGCCCUCUCCGACCACGAUAGCGCAACCUACGACUGCCACGACCGGGCCAAUGAUCACCAACACCACUCCCCCGCAAGGCGUACCGAAACCCGGCAACUCCAAACUCGGCAUCAUCGUCGGAGUCACCGUCGCCGUCAUCGCCGUUAUCGCCGUCGUCGUGAUCGUCCUCGUUUGCAAGUUCCGCUCCGGGGCGGCAAUGCCGUUCGGGAUUAGCUACAAGAACGAGCGGCUGGAUGAGAUACCCUUCUCUGGUGUGCAAGGGUGUCGAUUUGUCUGA